CUGCAGCCAGUCAACAGCAAUCACUGUGUGUCUGAGUAAAUGCAGUGGCGUACCAGACAUUGUCCCAGGCAUUAUCGGCCAAUGUUUAAUGUCCUGAUUCAGAUAUAAAGAUGGCCUCUCCUCAGCCUGGCAGCCCACCUCUUGCAGAGCAAUACACCCCUCCUGCACAGGAUGAAGAGGGCCAGCAAGAGGAAGAGAUGCUGAAGGAUCAGCCUGCAAAGAAACGUGGCAGAGGCAGGCCUCCAAAAGCCAAACCUUCUUUCAAAUGCUCUACAUGCACAGAGGCUUUCAGGAGUCUGUCAGCGCUGCGCAGCCACAAGCUGUCGGCACAUGUAAAGGACCGUCAGCAGCAACACUCAUGUUCACAGUGUACCAAAACAUUCUCGAGCAAGGCUCAGCUCUCAAAGCAUGAGCGCACUCACUCAGCCCAGCGCCCCUUUCAGUGUCCUGACUGUCACAAGGCUUACAAGACGCCCACAGAGCUACGCAACCAUAGCCGCUCUCACACUGGGGAGAAACCUUUCAUAUGCACGGAGUGUGGUAAGGCCUUCAUGCAGGCUAUAUGCCUGAGGAUCCAUAUGACGCAGCACAGUGGAGAGCGUCCUUACUCUUGCCGUCAGUGCUCUAAGAGCUAUCCCACUUUGUCUAAACUGAAGGUGCACAUGCGCUCUCACACAGGAGAAAAGCCAUACUUCUGUGCUGAGUGCGGGAAGAGUUUUGCUGAUCCCUCUGUGUUCCGAAAACAUAGAAGGAACCACCAGGGCCAUCGGCCGUAUGCCUGUGAUGAGUGCGGGAAAACGUACACAGAGCUCAAGGACCUGAAGAACCAUGAGCGCUCCCACACUGGGGAAAAGCCGUACCUGUGCUCAGACUGUGGCAAAGCCUUCUCCCGCUCCUCCUCUCUGGCCUGCCAUCAGCGCAUUCACUCCCAGAAUAAACCCUAUCAGUGUGAGCAGUGUGGCAAAGGCUUCACCCAGCUGUCCUCCUACCAGUCUCAUCUCCGCACUCACUCUGGUGAGAAGCCGUUCCUCUGUCCACAGUGUGGCAAGAUGUUUUCUGACCCAUCCAGUUUCCGUCGCCACCAGAGAGCCCACUUGGGUUUCAAGCCCUACCCCUGUGAUAAGUGUUCCAAGAGGUUCAGGCAGCCGGCUGAUCUGGCCGUGCAUGAACGUGUUCACUCUGGAGAGCGCCCUUACAAAUGCCAGAGCUGUGACAAGGCCUUUGUAGCAUCCUGGGAUCUGCGGCGCCACAUGCUUGUCCACACAGGACUUAGGCCCUUUUCUUGCACUGAGUGUGACAAGUCAUUCGCUGAGCGCUCCAGCCUCAACAAGCACCGGCGUGUGCACUCUGGAGAGCGGCCUUUCAAAUGUGAAGAGUGUCUGAAGUCAUUUGUUGUAUCUUCAAGCCUGCGCAAACAUGAGAGAACUCAUCUAGCUGAGCAUUCUGAGCAACAGCAGCAGCAGCAGCAGCAGCAGCAGCAGCAGCCACAACAACAGGAGGCAGAGGCAGGGUCAGCUUCAGGCUUUACUGCCCACACAACUCUCCCUCAGUUCUCCUGUACGCACUGUGAUGCUACAUUUGGAACCUGGGAUGAAGUUCAGUCCCACGAAAAUCUUCACUCCAUCGACUCUACUCCUCCAACUGUUACUAAGAUUGUGCCACUGGGCUCACAUGUCUGUGAAACCUGCCAGGCAGAGUUUGCACAGCUGGCAGACUUACAGGAGCAUGAGAAGCAGCAUCCCAAGCCGAGGCCUCAUGUCUGCAACAGCUGCGGCAAAGGCUUCCUCAACAAGUCUGGACUACGUAAACACCAGAAGAUCCACUCCACCAACAAACCUCACAGCUGCUCCCACUGUGGCAAAGCGUUUCUAUUUGCCGCCUACCUUCGCAAGCACUUACGGACUCACGCGGACGCUGCUCCGGCCGCCCCACAACUAAGUGACAUAAACAUUAUUCACACGGACCCACUGCCCUCUCCUCCACCCCCCAGUGAGGUUUCCCCCUCCACCGUUGAACCCAGCGCCAUAUCCCUGACGGUUCCAGUCGCUGUACCUGUGACUGCUUUCCAGACUCUGCCAGAGUACUUAGUCAAAGAAGAAGGUCUUUAAGCUUUUUUUUUGUUUUUGUUUUUACUCAUUUGGAACUUUGAUCCUACAAAUAUUUAGCCGGUGGCCUUAAAUCUUUUUCGAUGAUGGGGCUUAUUUUGAAAAAAAAAAAGUGUUAUUUUUCAAAAUGACUUCCUUCAAAAACUUCAAAUUAGAGUCUCCUACAUAUGAAUUGUUACGGCUUCGUCACUGUUUUGUAUUGCCAUGUUAUUUGUAAGAUGUUAUGUAUGAUGUUCAUGUUUUAAAAUGUAUGCUAUACUAUAUGUAGCCUAUUAAGGAAUCAUCUUAUCUGUUGUAAUCUCCUCAUAAAAAGUGGUGUUGCAAACAUGAUCACUGUAAGAAUCUCUCUUAAUAAUGCUGUAACAUGUUUUUACACUACAUUUUUAAUUAUAGCUUGUCUUAAAUUCUUUGCAUUCAGUGACUUUACAUGUUAACAUCAUUUGUAACUGUUUUAUUGUAUAAAUAUUUGUAAUUACUGUCAUCAAAUAUAAAAAUUGUCAAGUAAAAAAAACAAACAGUGGAAUUCCAAAAUAUUUAGUCAGUGGAAUUAAAUUUUUAUACAAAUAA